GGCUGACAGCCUCUUCUUCUUGGCCAAGCAUUACUCAGGAAAUCUAACUUAAAACAGUGGGAAUAUACAGGACUUUUUCAGACCACCCAGAGUUAACUUUAAGUUAAACAUCUGAUGGCAUGAGAGCAGGAGCUUCCUGUUAUUGGCGCAGCAUAUAUCUCUGCAGACUGUGGUCUAUCAUUGGCAGCAUUUUCAUGAAAACUUGAAGCAGUUCUCCCUUUUAUCUUCUUGACUCCGAGUGGGACUGCUAUCAGAAUGGAUCCAAUGGAGAUUGAUGACAGCUUGUCUAUGAGGAAGAACCUCGUUACUGAAGUGGAUCUACAUGAAAAAAAGUCCCCCUUCAGAUGUGUCUCUGUAUGUCUUGGAUUACUGUGUGCUCUCCUUUUGGCUGGAAUCAUAGGACAGUUCAUCUACUAUCACAAAGCCAGUCAGUCAUCAGAAGCCCCAAUUCAGGAUGGAUCUGCAGAGAGGGAAGAGUUAAAGGCCACACUGAGUAACAUGACAAAAGACAAAGAGCAGCUGCAGAAAAGCUACAGCACCUUAGAACAAGAGAGGGAUCAUUUACAGACAAACUACAAUGACCUGCAGAAGAACUCUGCUAAACUGCAAGGAGAAAAGGAUGAGAUACAGAGGAAUUAUUCCUCACUGCAGAGUGACAAGGACCAGUUGCAAAUUCACUGCACAAAUCUGAAUGAGAGUAAAAAUCAACUUGAAAACAGAUACCGGUCACUGUCCAAAGACAAGGAUGCAUUGCAAGUGCAUUGUGAUGCACUGCAGAGAGACAAAGAUCAGCUACAGUCAAACUGCAGUGAUUUUGAAACAGUUAAAGAUCAGUUAGAGAAGAACAUCGAAAAUGUAAGAGUUAACCUGACUAAAGAGAGAGACCAACUGCAGGAAAGCUACAAUACCCUAAAACAAGAGAAAGAUCAGCUACAAACAAACUAUGAUGGCGUGCAGACGUAUCUGACUAACCUGCAAACACAAAAGCACGACUUACAGACACAGUUUAACACCAUGAGCACAAACAGAGAUGAGCUACAGAGGAGCAAUUAUGCACUGAAGAGUGAAAAGGACCAGUUACAAAGAAGCAAAGAUGACUUGCAAAGCCAAUAUGAUACUCUGCAGAAGGAGAAAGAUAAGCUGAGGACCAACUACGACAAUUUGAGAAAUGCUAAUAAUCACUUGUAUGAGGAGGUUGAGAGACUCGCAAAAAGGCCUUGUCCAUCAGGCUGGAAACGGCUGAAUGGAAGCUGUUUCUAUUUUUCAGCCCAUUCGAGCAGCUGGUUUUCAUGCCGAGACUUCUGCAUCAACUUAGGAGCCCGUCUGGCAAUCUUAAACACCAGGGAAAAAAUGAAAUUUGUCAACCGGUUGCUGGGAAAAGGCCUGAAUGCCUGGAUUGGACUGUUUGACACUGCCGAAGAAGGAACCUGGAAGUGGAUAGAUGGGAGUUCUGUAACAAAUACAUUCUGGGAGCCCGGUCAGCCCAACAGCUACGGAGGAGAGCAGGACUGUGGUGAAAUCGUGCAGAAGGGAGAAGUUGGAGAGUGGAACGAUGAAGGGUGUUCUAAUAGUAAUAUGUGUAUUUGUGAAAGCUAACAGGCCUGUUAUAAAGCCUGCAGUUAAAUCACUCUGCAAUCACAUUUGAGUUUUGACACACUAACCUUCAUGUAUUUACUUCCCUAAUUGAUGCCAUGCUGUUAUUGAUUGCAUGUAAUGAACAUCAAGCUGAUGAUUGGUGUUAUCCUGAAUUAACUGUACUGUGCUUUGUCGUGACUAGUCCUGAUAGUGACUGUUCCAUGGCUUAUGGUAAAAUUGCCUCCUGUAUGACAAAAAUGAAUGCUAUUAAUGAAUGUAAAUAGAUGAUUUAUACUAGGUGUAUGUCACAGAGCACAUGAAUUAAUAAUUACUAUACAACACUGGUGUUUAUAUUUUACUAGUAUGUAGACGUGUCUGUGUUCAAACAGGUGUGUACACAUGAAUAAAACUUGA